AUUAAUUUAGAUUGACUUGGGCUGUCUGGUUGUUUAGUGUUGUUUAUACAUUUGGAAAUGGUGACGAAGUUUAUUUAUUCCAUAAUCCUUUCUGCGUUGGUUGUAGUUGGUAGACAGAGGUGCUACACUGUGGAAAUUAGCAGCGGUAGCGUUUGGUUCGAACGGGCGUAUGGUACUGUUGAGGAGACUGUCUUUAAUGCGACAUUGAUUGAGUUGAACAUUGGCUUAUACAAAAUUGUCAAAAUCCCGAGGUUUAUCCUCGAAAUUUUCACCUGGGCACCGAAUGAGGGCAUCCGUGUAUUUUUCAAUGGCAGUUAUCGGAUGUGUGAUUUUCGCCGCUUCGAAGGUAUGGGUCCUUUCGGGGCAGCUGCCUUCAAGGCGGUGCACACAUUUUCAAAUUUGACUUUGACGUGUCCAGUGCCACCAAACAUGUAUUAUGCGACAAUAAAAGCUGAUUUCUUGAGUCGAGUUGCUCCCAUCCGACUGUUUUAUCAGCCUAACAGGGUCUUAGUUAUUCAGGUGUCGGUUGGCGAACUGAAUUCACCUGGGAACUUCACAAAAAGAGGAUUCGGUUCCAUCACCCUAGCUUUCAAAAAAAACUGCUGAAUUCGAAACUGCUGCUUGCUGGGG